CAGCCUGGGGGUUGCAAAGGGCUCUAGGGGGUGCCCUGGGACCUCUGGUUACAUUCAUCUGCCCUGGGGACUCACUCCAAGUGGGAGCCAAGAGUGCUAAUAGGCAGACAGAAGCUCAGGGGCGUUGGGGCACUGUCACUAGGAGGACCUGCCUGAGUCCAUUUGAAGGACAAAGGAGCAGGUACUGGGUAGAAGGCACCCACUGCACUGGUGAAGUGUGGAGGCGUGAAGCCGGCAGAUGAGUCUGGGCUGUGAGGGACCAGCGGUUUGCCCAGUCUGCUUCUGGUCUCUUGGGCAGGGAGAUUCCGAGAGCCAAGCUGCUGCUGGAAAGCGAGCCCGCCCCGGAGGGGAAGGCUGUGGCCCCUGCUGCUGCUCGCGCCGUGGGUUCUGCCUCUCGGCCUUCCUGCUGCUACUGCUGGCCGUGCUUGCCGCCUUGCUUGUCGUGGCCACUGUCCUGGGACGUCCACCCCGCGUACCAGAGACCCAGUCCUGUGUGACAAUGACCAACAGGACGGGCUUCUUAUGCCAUGACCGAAGGCACUGCAUCCCAGCCCACGGGGUGUGUGAUGGCAUUCGCACCUGUGCCCAUGGUGAGGAUGAGGAGGAAAGCUUGUGCCGAGAUGUGCCCCUGAGCCUCCCCAGUUUCCUCCUGGCCCACUGUGGAGACCCAGCCUCCUGGAUCUACUCGGACCAGAAAUGUGAUGGCACCAACAACUGUGGGGACUGCUCGGAUGAACUGAGCCCAGUGACCGUGUGCCCACCUUGUGGCCCGGGAUGGUGGCGCUGCACUCCGACUGUCUUCAGAUACUGCAGCUGCAUCCCGAGGGUCCUGUGCCGGGACCAUGUGCAGCACUGUUCUGACUGGUCAGAUGAGUAUGUCUGUCCUGGACCCUGAGUGAACCUCCCUCCACAGCAUGGAAGCCAGCACCAGUAACCUUCCGCCAGAGCAUCAAACCCUGGACCACAAAGGCAGGAAGGAACCUCUGACAUCAUCCAGUGACAGCCUCCCACU